AUGGGCCUUGUCCCAAUGGAAAGAUCCAUUUCCAUCCAAUCUCCCCUGGUUUUUCAGCCGCAAAUUGGAUGGAGUUGCCGCGAGUUUGACCCAGCGACGCCCGAGUCACCGCGACCGGGAGCGCGAGCUUCGGAGCGACGAAGCGCCAGCGACUCGGUGACCGCGCAGGGCUUCGCAUUGAGGGCCGCCGGAGCCCCACGCGGCUUCUCCUCGUUGCAGCUGAAGGCGGAGCGGCGGAGCGGCGGAGCCGAGCGAAGCAUGAACCUGGUGGCGAUCGACACCUUGCACUUGUUCCCCACCACCCUGGAAUGUGCCAAGCUGGUGGAGGCAAAGUACGGAAAGAACGCCAUGUGGAAGAUGCCUGCUGGCGUCACCACGACCGAAGAGUUCAUCGCCAAGUACGGCGACUGCGAGGAGAUGGACUCCGCGGAUUUCGACUUCGUCAGCAAGGUUGAGCCUUUCCAACGUGCUUUGACCGAAUGCCAAAAGGACAUUUUGAUCACCGGCCGCCGUAUGGACCAGGCAGCUCAGCGUAUCUCCCUGGACGUUUGGGAGGAACAGAAGAAGACCUUGAACCCUAUGGCCAAUUUCUCUUGGCAGGACAUCAUCGAGUAUGUCGACAAAGAAGGUGUGCCCGUGAACGGCGGCCACAACUGGGCCUUCCGCUGCGAUGCGCCCAUCGAGGCCACCAGUCGGCACUUGCCGAACCUCCCUUGGACCAAGGUGGACCUUGGCAAGCCCUUCUGGCAGUGCAGCGAGGAGCAAAUCAAAGGAAGCCCAGCAGCAGCCAUCACCUACGUCUACAAGUCCUUCGGUGACAUGCACACCACCGUGCCAGUGGAGCCUCACGAGAGCGAGCGGGCAGGCCGCUUCGUGCGCCAGGCGAAGACGGAGUGCGGUAUCCACACCCGAACCACCAGCGCCGGUGCGCCUCAUGGAGGAUCCUUGGUGGAUCUGAUGAUCAAGGACCCGGCGGACGCCAAGAAGAUGGCGGCCGGUGCGGCCAAGAGCAUCGAGCUCAACGAGCGCCAGGCCUGCGAUGUCUUCUGCCUCCUCAGCGGCGCCUUCAGCCCAUUGCACGGCUUCAUGGAUGAGACCACCUACAACUCCGUGGUGAAGGACAUGCGCCUCCCCGAGAAGCAGCUCUUUGGACUUCCAGUGACCUUCGACCUGCCCGAGGUGGAUGGGCUCAAGACUGGCGACAACCUGCUCUUGAAGUGGAAGGGUGAGGACGUCGCGGUCCUGGAGGCGUCGUCCAUUUGGCAGCCCAACAAGGUGGUUGAGGCCAAGGAGUGCUAUGGCACCUCCAGCCUCGAGCACCCCACCGUGGCCUCGUUGGUGCAAGAGAUCGGUGCCGUGGCGGACGACCGGGCGAGCGGCCGGCGACGGCGACGACCGGUCCCCCACUAUGGGCAAAGUCAGUAUUGA